GAAAGAGACGGAGAGAGAGGGAAGAAAAAGACAGAUAGAUAGAUAUUGGGGGGAAGGAGAAAAAAGGAGAAGAGAGGGAAGAGAGGACAGCGGAGAGAGAGCACCAGAGAGAGAGAGAGAGAGAGAGAGAGAGCGCUAGAGAGAGGGAGCGAGCAUGUGCGAUGAGCAAUAGCUGUGGACCUUACAGUUGCUGCUAACUGCCCUGGUGUGUGUGAGGGAGAGAGAGGGAGGGAGGGAGAGAGAGCGCGCUAGCGCGAGAGAGCGAGUGAGCAAGCGAGCAGAAAAGAGGUGGAGAGGGGGGGAAUAAGAAAGAGAGAGAAGGAAAGGAGAGAAGGCAGGAAGAAGGCAAGGGACGAGACAACCAUGCUGUGCUGUAUGAGAAGAACCAAACAGAAUUAAAAGGGAACCUGGUCUCUGGGUUGUUUUCAACAUCUCAAGUGUGAAUUUUCCCUGUCAAAAUCUUCACAAGGAAAAUGAGUCACAGCAUCACCUGGGUGACGAGGUCAUAACACCUCAGCCCUUGCUUAAAAAAUUUAUUUCUACUUUUCUAUUGUAAAGAGAUCUCAAAACAGGAAGAUAAAAUUGGACUGACAGCUCUACAGCCUAGUCUUUUAGACAGUGAACUAGGCCAGCAUUGGCAGACACUGGCGAUGACAAAGUCCUGCUCUGAAUUAUGCCACCCCGCACUCCACUUUUUACCUUGCCUGGGAGGCUUGAGGAAAAACCUUCAGAGAGCAGAUCGACCUAGUCCUUAUUCACUUGGCUUCUUGACUUUCUGGAUUUCAAGGGUUGAAAAAAAUGAUGACGACCAAAAGAUUGAACAAGAUGGUAUCAAACCAGAAGAUAAAGCUCAUAAGGCCGCAACCAAAAUUCAGGCUAGCUUCCGUGGACACAUAACAAGGAAAAAGCUCAAAGGAGAGAAGAAGGAUGAUGUCCAAGCUGCUGAGGCUGAAGCUAAUAAGAAGGAUGAAGCCCCUGUUGCCGAUGGGGUGGAGAAGAAGGGAGAAGGCACCACUACUGCCGAAGCAGCCCCAACCACUGGCUCCAAGCCUGAUGAGCCCGGCAAAGCAGGAGAAACUCCUUCUGAGGAGAAGAAGGGGGAGGGUGAUGCUGCCACAGAGCAGGCAGCCCCCCAGGCUCCUGCAUCCUCAGAGGAGAAGGCCGGCUCAGCUGAGACAGAAAGUGCCACUAAAGCUUCCACUGAUAACUCGCCGUCCUCCAAGGCCGAAGAUGCCCCAGCCAAGGAGGAGCCUAAACAAGCCGAUGUGCCUGCUGCUGUCACUGCUGCUGCUGCCACCACCCCUGCUGCAGAGGAUGCUGCUGCCAAGGCAACAGCCCAGCCUCCAACGGAGACUGGGGAGAGCAGCCAAGCUGAAGAGAACAUAGAAGCUGUAGAUGAAACCAAACCUAAGGAAAGUGCCCGGCAGGACGAGGGUAAAGAAGAGGAACCUGAGGCUGACCGAGAACAUGCCUGAACUCUAAGAAAUGGCUUUCCACAUCCCCACCCUCCCCUCUCCUGAGCCUGUCUCUCCCUACCCUCUUCUCAGCUCCACUCUGAAGUCCCUUCCUGUCCUGCUCACGUCUGUGAGUCUGUCCUUUCCCACCCACUAGCCCUCUUUCUCUCUGUGUGGCAAACAUUAAAAAAAAAAAAAAAAAAAAGCAGGAAAGAUCCCAAGUCAAACAGUGUGGCUUAAACAUUUUUUGUUUCUUGGUGUUGUUAUGGCGAGUUUUUGGUAAUGAUGAUUCAAUCAUUUUGGGAAAUUCUUGCACUGUAUCCAAGUUAUUUGAUCUGGUGCGUGUGGCCCUGUGGGAGUCCACUUUCCUCUCUCUCUCUCUCUCUGUUCCAAGUGUGUGUGCAAUGUUCCGUUCAUCUGAGGAGUCCAAAAUAUCGAGUGAAUUCAAAAUCAUUUUUGUUUUCCUCCUUUUCAAUGUGAUGGAAUGAACAAAAAGGAAAAAAUUCAAAAAACCCAGUUUGUUUUAAAAAUAAAUAAAUAAAGCAAAUGUGCCAAUUAGCGUAAACUUGCGGCUCUAAGGCUCCUUUUUCAACCCGAAUAUUAAUAAAUCAUGAGAGUAAUCAAGG